AUGAGUAGUAAGUCACGUGCGUGGGAUUACUUCAAAAAGACUAAUGAAAAGUUUGCCAAGUGUUCUUUGUGUAAAAGAGAGUUUAAACUAAGUGGAAAUACUACGAACUUGAUCGAUCAUAUGAAGAGAAAACAUAAUGAGGUAUGGAUGUGGUCAUCCACUGUUUCUGUUACUCAAGACGUAGAUACCACUGAGCAAAAUGAGAAAAUGGGCCCAAGCCCUAAAAAGAGAAAUACGCUAAAAAAUUAUUUUGAUAGAAGUAGUAAAUAUCCAGAUGGGAAAACAAAGCAAAAUUUGGAUAACAAAUACGUGCGCAUGACUGCUGUUGACAUGAACCUUUGCGAAAAGGAGAACAUGAAGGAUUUCGGGAUUUUGUAA